AUGUCGUCGAUUGUGCACGGGGUGUCUAAACUGAAAGUAGAUAAUCCUGCGGUUGAGCGGCUGCGAGAUAUCGAGGCGAAGUUGAAGGCGGGAGAGAAUGUGCAGCAGGAGAAGCUGUCGACACUAAUUCAGCUCGACAGGUUCGCGGCGGCUGCCAAGUACUUGGCCACCCUUGACGCAUCGUUUCCGGCAGAGGCUGCCUACAUUUACUACCAUCUGGGAGACUUGAAAAGCCUGCGAGAGCUUGCUUCUCGGCAUGACGAUGUGGCUGUCCAGCUUGCCUUGAGUCAGGCGGAGUACAAGGCCGGUCACUACAAUGCAGCAGCUGCGGCCUUGCAGAACGUUCAAGUGUCUGAGGACGAGGUGUACGACUUGGAAGUGAACAAGAGCGCUAUUCGGGCGCAGUCUGGGUUGCUUGAUGGGCACACCGAGGACAUCCCCGCUUUUGAACGCCAUUUUAAUGCGGCCUACGCCUAUCUUGUGCGUAGCGAGCCAGUGCGGGCACUUGACGAGCUGCGAAAGGCCAAGGCUGAGGGUAGUGACGAAGAUCAAGCAAGUGUUGCUCUGCAGGCCGCGUACGCCUAUAUUUUGUCUGGAGAAAACGAUAAGGCCCUCGAGCUUUUGAAAGAGUUGGACGACCCGCUGGCUGCUAUCAACAGUUUGGUCUGCACUCCGCCCCAGGAGAUUGAUGAUGUUUUGAAAGUGCUCAAGCUCUUCGACGUGCUGCCCAAGAACUUGGUUGCGUCCCAGGAACGGGUCGUGGCUGGUAAUAAACUUCGUCUGCAAGCUCGUGCUGGGCUUCCCUUGGCAGGUAAGGCGACCAAGCAUCUUGCGAAAUUUCAAACGGAUUUGACCCCGAGUAUUUUGGCUCUGGACGCCCUUAUUUUACGCGAGGUCCGCCAGACUCUUGCCCGAGAACCAGCAAACGUCGCUGCCGCGUUUGUGCUGGCCCAAUCUCAUAUUGCAGAGUCUCGCAUCGACGAUGCUGCUCAUGUGCUGGUUAACCUCGGCCGCUCAAUGAUUACCUCGAACUCUACGUUUGCUCCUGGCGUUUUGGGCGCUAUUACUUCUGCAUACAAGCACUUACGUUUGAACCCUACCGAUGUUGUGAAGAAAGUGUUCAAGAGUGGUGAUCUCGCUGGUGACUACUCUGGUGCCGCGGCUGUUAUGGCCGAGUCCAAUGAUCCCGAAGCCGUGGAGUUGGCCAAACUGUACUUUGACUCCCUGGAAGACAACAGCUUAGAGGCUCAGGCCGGAAAAUGUGCCGUGGACCCCGCCUCCGCGUCUACCUCUGACUUGCCCCUGAUUGAAACUCUUAUCUCCGGAAUUGACGCCGAGAGCCUGGACUCGAAGGGUCUUGUUGCUUUGGCUCCCCACACCAAGGUCACCCUACAAAAGAGUGCACGUCACCGGAGCGGCAAACGGAAGCUUCCUGCCAGCUUUGACGAAAACAGACAGCCCGACCCAGAGCGAUGGCUGGCCAAGCAGGACCGCUCCACGUACAAACCCAAAAAGAAGCGGGGUCAUGCCGCGCAAGGAGCGACCCAAGGCGCUACCCAGGGGUCUACGCAAACCACGCAAGCACCGCCUAGUGGCCAGGUAGCUACGAGCAGUGCGAGCGGAGCGUCGAAGAAAAAGAAAAAGAACAAGAAGAAAUGA